AUGUCAAUUUUUCACAGCUUCCCAAACCUACCUGGUCCAGAAGAAACUGCUUUUUGUAAAUUAAAUGAAGUAUAUUGUUGCGGCAAUGCCCGAUAUGGUAAUAUUUCAACAUUUUCAAAUGCGACGAAAAAACAUCCGAUAAUCAACGUGACUAGAGACUUACAUCAUCACAGAACAUCAGACGAGAAUAUUUCCAUGUACAUAGAUGUAGAAGAUAAUUUGCUCAAAAAAAUUACUAGUGUUUGGUACAAACAAGGAUUUUUAGAAGCUCUAAGUGUAGCCGCCGACCCUUCUGUUAAUAGAGAAAGUCCAACAUUGGCAGUCACAGCAUCUUACAUCUUAAAAGUAGCAAAUAUUUUAACCGCCUUCAGAUAUUUCUUACAGCCCCAUUUAAAAGAUAUAGGUCCUAAAAUUGUCGCAAAUUAUUCAAGAACUAGGAACUGGGGUCAAGUGCCAGUCAAAUGCUUAGCAUGGCAUCCUCACACAACAAAAAUUGCUGUAGCGACUGUCGAUGAUAAUGUGAGAGUGUAUUGUUCAGAAGUAACAUUUGUUUCUACAUUGAAGUGUAAAGCACAAGGUCAUGUGUCAUCACUGAACUGGAGACCUCUAUCUGCUUCUGAGCUGGCUGUAGGUUGUGAGCAAGGAGUCAUUGUAUGGACCGUCGACCCAAAUUUGAUGUUCACAAAACCUUCAUCAAGUAAUGCUGUUCUAUUGAAAAAAAAUGGGCACAGUCCAGUAACAGACGUGAGCUGGUCUCCAAACGGUGACCUCUUGAUAAGUUGUAGUGGUGCUGACACUUCCAUGCUAGUUUGGGAUACAGCAAUGGAAACAGCCAUACCACUGCGGAGAGUUGCUGGUGGAGGCAACGUGUUUGCCAGAUGGUCUUUUGAUGCUAGCAAAAUCUUCACUGCAACAUCUUCAAUUAUAUUUCGAAUUUGGGACACAAAAACCUGGACUCCGGAAAGAUGGUGCGCACGUGGACAUCGAGUUGUAGCUGCCUGUUGGGGUCCUGACAAUAUCUUGCUGUUUGCUGCCAAAGGUGAACCAAUGGUUUACGCCCUCACAACCACAAGUCUUCUGAGUGGAUCCCAAACGACGAAAGCUACACCAGCAUUAGACGUGACAAAGGUGGAACUGUCAUCAGGAGAGCCAGUCGGUGGACCCAUACUGGAUAUGUGUUGGGAUCCGACCGGCCGUUACAUGGCAAUGCUGUUUGAAGAAUCACAUCUCGUUGCUGUCUUCUGUACCACAUAUAUCAUGAUGCAACUGAAAAUUGAUCCAUGCUGUUUCGUGACUGGCGUAGAAGACGAAAUACCCUGUACAAUGGCCUUCCAGCAAAACUUCAACGACGGAGCGUGUCUCACGAUCGCCUGGUCCUCGGGCAGAGUGCAACAUUUUCCCAUCAUAUACUCAGAGUCAUACUGAAUUAUAAUCUCGAAUAAUUUUAAGGAGAAUAUACUAACAAAAAGAAGAGGACCACACGCUAAUACCAGCAAAGACAACAUGGAUAAUCGGAAUCGGCUAAAAAAACUACAGACAUGAGGAAAUGCUUUUAUCUUUUUCCCGUAUAAUGGAUGAGUUUUAGUAAGGCCACCCCUUAAUAUCGUCCACGUCAUAGUACGCUCUGUCUGACUUGAUGUGUCUGGAUAUUGUCAUCGUCCAGCCACUAUCUUGAGAACAGAUCCCAAGCUCUCAAUUUGAUUACCGUAAAAUCUUAAUGUAAUAAAUAGCUUAAGUAUAUAACGUAUGUAUUGAUUUUUUUAAUAGUUAUCAUUUACGGGAUGUAACCUCGUUCCGUAUGAAACCUAAAUGCCAAAUCUUUUUAAAUUUUUUUUGUGACUCAUUUCGGGAACCGAACUAGUAGCUAUUGGUACAAUGAUCAGCAACCGUUAGUCUCACGAGUUUUUAUUUUUAUUUUCAAUACAGUACGAAAUUAAUCCAUUCAACAAAAGUGCACACCCUAUAUAUAAUGAAUGUUGUAUACAGGGUGUGCACUUAAACCUUUCAAAAAAUAUAGUAAUGUUUUUUGUAAGGUUUAAAUUAAGAUAUAAAAAAAUGUGUAAAGACUGCUGUAUAGUAUUUAUUUUCGUAAGA